AUGCGAGUGAAAAUGGCGUCGUCAGAGGUGGCUGUUAUUUUAUCGUUCGUCAAAAACUUGAAUGGAAACAUUCUUCUAUAUUAGAAAUUAAUUUUCAAAGUUCUUAAAACUAAGAUGAGCGCUCAGGACAGCUGGCAGAAUGUAGUGAUGAAGACGACGACAGGUGACAAGCUGGUGCCAGUGGAGCUGAGUGCGAGCACAUCGGCAUGGGACCAGCUGCAGCACCCAUCAGUGGCCAUGGGUCACACCCAUCAGCACCCAUCAGUGCUGGUGCCCACGCCCAUCAAGCUCGACCCACCUGCUGGCCCCAUCAGCCUACACGAGCAUCAUCUGCCUGUGUCCCACAUACCUCCGCAGACACCACAUGGAAUGCCAGUCGGUGGCUUCAUGGAGCAUGAUCUGCCGCCAGAGCUGCUGCAGCAAGGCUGGCGCAAGUGUUGGAGUAAGCGCGAAAAUCGACCUUAUUUCUGGAAUAAGUUGAAUGGAGAAUCCCUUUGGGAGAUGCCAACUCUCAAACCGCAGUUUGACCCUAUAACAGAUCCGCUUGCAUUGACGAGUGGAGGGGGGGCGCCACCUGCGGUCAAUGGACCAACCAAGAGACGAGCUUCUGAAGAAGGUGUCACUAGUCCUGCUGCUAAAAAAUUCAUACUAUCAUUUGUUUGGUUCGGACAGUGCAUUCAGGCGGGCAUCGACUCGCCGAAAGACUCGUUCAACCGGUGGCUGAUGGAGCGCAAAGUUGUGGACAGGGGGAGCGACCCGCUGUUCCCCAGCCAGUGCUACCCGGAGAUCUCAAUGUCCAUGUACCGGGAGAUCAUGAACGACAUCCCCAUCAAGCUGGUCAGGCCUAAGUUCACUGGCGACGCCAGGAAGCAGUUGUCCAGAUAUGCCGAGGCCGCCAAGAUGAUGAUUGAAUCUAGGAAUGCUACUUCGGAAAGUAGAAAAAUUGUCAAAUGGAAUGCUGAAGAAACGUUCCAAUGGCUCAGGAAGACUAUUGGAGCAACUUAUGAUGAUUUCCAAGACAGACUUGCUCAUCUAAAGAGACAAUGCCAACCGCAUUUGACCGAUACGGUAAAAGAAUCAGUGGAAGGCAUCUGCUCGAAGAUCUAUCACCUAUCUGCAGAAUACGCCAAAAAGAUCAGAGAAAAGAAUCUCGAAAUCUUGAAGGAAAAUGGAAUUCCUGAACCGCCCUCGAUUACGCCGCAUUGUACAAAUUCAAUGAGAAAAGUGUGGUGUUACCCGGUGCAGUUCUCGCUGCCUUUUCCGCGGAUGCCGCAGAUCGAAUACACGCAAGAACGUGAGCAGGCACAUCUGCGCUACCAAAACGAUGCUGUACAAAUCAAUAUGACACACCUACAAAAAUUGGAGCAGUUGUACAGGUACUCGUGCUUCGACGACAAGAAGUUGGAGCUGUUUUUGCCGCGCGUGUGGUGCCUGCUGAAGCGCUACAACGCGUGGUUGUCAGGCGCGCAGGGCACACAGGGCGCACUGCCGGUCACCGUGCUCGAGUGCAUGCAUCGCGCGUUCGGCGUCACCUUCGAGUGCUUCGCGUCGCCGCUCAACUGCUACUUCAAGCAGUACUGCUCCGCCUUCGCCGACACCGACUCCUAUUUCGGCUCCAGGGGGCCUCUGCUGGACCUAAAAGCAGUGAGCGGCUCGUUCGAGGCGAAUCCUCCGUUCAGCGAGGAGCUGAUGGAAGCGAUGGUGGCUCGCUUCGAGCAGCUGCUGACCGACAGCCCCGAACCACUCAGCUUCAUCAUAGUGAUGCCAGAGUGGCGCGACCCCCCUCCGGCCGCCCUGCUCCGCCUCGAGGCCAGCCACUUCAAGCGCAAACAGGUGGUCGUGCCCGCCCUCGAACACGAGUACCGGCACGGCUUCCAGCACAUCGUCUCCAAGCAGGACCUGAGCGUGCGGUCAUCUCACGGCACCCUGGUGGUGUGGCUGCAGAACGCAGCAGGCUUCCAGCGGUGGGGGCCGACGGAGGAGAGGGUGGAGGCGCUGCUAGAGGCAUUCCGACCGGGCAGGGAGCGCGAACGCGACAAACAAGAGUUGCUGUCCCCCCAGCGCACCCCUGCCCCUGCCAACUCCAACCCUCCCUCCACCCCCAUCGCGGCGCCCCCGCCACCGCCGAACGACGGCCCCCCUAAGCCAGCCUCCUAGCUAACAUUCUAAGUGACACUUAGACAAAUAAGCAUCCCCGGAUCAGUUCAUACAGAAUUGAUGCAUAGUAAUCGAAUAUUAGAUAUGAAUAAUAAUUAUAAUACAGAAUUUCGUGGCCCUCAUAGUACAAAUAUGUGUCGGUACGCCACCAAAAGUUAGCGUAUGUAGUAGAUUAUAUAGUAAGUUGACGUUACUACAAUUGUUUGAGGAGGUUCCUCAUACUUAUCUAUUUAACAAGGUAGUAUCUCUUACAUAUCCUCAUUUAUGAGCAUAUAUGUUGAAGUGUAAACAGACUACGCGCCCAAACGUGCAUUUCACUUUUCAUAAGCUGAUGCUAUGCUUAUCAUAUCCGUAUCUGUAAAAGUACUUACAUAUAGUAUCAGCUCAUGAAAAGCGAAAUGUGCGUGUUUGUAGUGCAGAGGUGCGUACGCACCUUAAGAGUACUUGAAUGAGAUACUUGUUAAAUUGAAGAAUACGUAUGGGUGAUCUCCUCAGACAAGCCAUCAUUUUAUGCGAAUUGGACUGAAUCUGAGGAAUUGUACGAGGCAGUUUCUCGUAAUUGCUAAUUUGACAAGUAUUUCAAACAAAUUGUUAUUUAUAUAAUGUGAGAGGAUUUUCACGAAAUUUUCAUUUAUAUAAUGUAAGAAGAUUUUCACGAGAUAUUUGUUAAAUUGACAAGUAUUAGGAUUCUCCCCAGACAUCUUGUUACACAAUUGUGUAUGUGCUAUAAUUCAUUUUAUUUCUCAUCUAUUUGACUUGAUUGAAAACAUAUGCGCAUACAUGCUUUGUUUAAUCUUAUUGUAUACAAGUCUAAACUUAGCUUUAGGAUCGUGUGCACAUUUCAAAUAAGAUUUUCAAGCUGGUGAUUUUAAAUCAGUAUGCAUAAAUAACUCAUGCCAGAUGAUUUUAUGCAGGUUAUUUUAUUAACCGCUAAUCAACUUUAAUUAUGAUUUUUCAAUUUCUCUUAUAGUGUACAACAAAUCUAAUUUGUUGAAUACCAAAAUAGGCUUUUCAAGUAAAUGGGUUUAUUUUAAUUUUCUCUGCUCAUAUUUUUCAAAAGGAUUUCACUACAAUAGAAUUUAAGUAUGAGGUAUAUUUUAUUUUUUCUCAAAAAGUACAGAAGCUACCCAGUAGCACAGUAAGACAUUAUCAUGAUGUCUUAAGUUUCCUUUUUAGCUGGAAUUAAAGUUGUGAUUACAUGCGGUCCUAGUUACAUGCAUAGAUGCAGCCUUACAAUGUCUUUCAUUGACAUCAAAGUCUAAGAAGUAGAAUAAUGUUGUCAAUGUAUCAUUGUAAGCUGUUUCCAUAGGCGGACUGAUUGGUCAUGUAGCCUAGUUGCAACUCAAACCUAGGUAAUCGACCGCAAACUUUUACGUUAGUAUUGUAAAUCUAAAACCUAGGUAAUCGACCGCAAACUUUUACGUUAGUAUUGUAAAUCUAGAAUUCUAGAAUAAUAUGAGUUGAACUCGAAUAACUAUGGUUUGCUCUACGUUUCAACUUCAAUAAUUCAUAAUUUCGAUUGUAACCAAUGAACCUUUGAAUAUUUCAUUAUCUUCUCGCAAAAGCUCCGAGUUUUUCAUUAAGCAAAAUUCUUGUCGAUUGAUUUUACAUAGGUAAAAACAUUUGGCAACAUGGAUAUUGAAUUAUCUUUAUUUGCUGGCAAUAGUGAAAUGAUUGGGAAUGUAUUCCAAAAUAGCCCUCAUUUAUUACGAAUUCUCACAUUAGUAAAACUUAGACUGAUUUAUUCAGUUGAUGUAACUAAUAGAUUGUCUAUCAUAAAAUAGUUUUAUCUAUGUAAAAUUUGUAAUAUUUCUUCAAAUUAUCUUAAAAUGAAUAUAAUGUUUCAAAAUGUUGUAGAGGUACAAGAAAAUCAUAUUGUUUUGUUAGUUGUGCCUAUGAACAACUGAUUCAAUUUCAGUUUAUUUUUUGUAAAAUAAUUAUAUUAUUAUUAACUUGCAUAAGAUAUGUAGUAGUCAUUUUCUCCUGUAUCAGUGAGAUAAUGCUAUUAGUUUCCAGUUUCAAUGAGUAGUGCAUAGUUAGUAAUUAUUAAGAAUAGUUAUUGUAAUCAUACUAAUUGAUUGUAUAUAUUGUAAAAAAUUUCAAAUAGAAGAAUAUAUUGUAUAUAAGAUAGUUCUAGUAAAAAAGUAACAGUAUUCUAGAGCAUAUUGGUGAAGUUUGAGCCAUAAUCAUAAUGUGAGAAUUGUCUAUAUUUGUGCAAUAUAAAGUUUUAUUUAAACAUCAUUAUGGAGAAAAAGUUAUUGACACUAAGGUAAUAUUAUAAUAAUUUUAAUGUACAAGGCGCAGCUCUUGUAAAAAAGAAGUGUAGUAGUGAAAGGCAGUAGUUAUAUCCUUCCCAUAUCAUGAUUUUAUUUCUUGGAUGUAGUUUCUGAAAAAUCCCUUCUCUGAUAAAAAUUAAUCUGAUUUUAAAUCCCAAUUAACUUUUCUGUUUGAUGUAAGUUCAUUAUAAAAGUACUGCUUGGAGCACAUUUUAUUCAGAAAAUUCAGUAAUAAAUCACAUAUUGAACUAGUUUCAGAUGCUUAAAAAAAUGUUCUAUGUUACCUACUAGCUUGGAAAACAUUGAGAAAAUUUCCAAUAAGUAAUAGUGAAUUGAUAAUAAAAAUAUAAUCAAUAUCAAUAACAUGUUUGAAACUUUGCAAUAUUUUACAUCAAUAGUAUUAUUCAUUAUAAUAUCAAUCAUCAAUAGGCUAUUUUGUUGGAUCUAUGUUAUAUACUGUACUUUCAACAGAAGAUUCCUCUACAGAGAGACAAUAAAAUGAGUAAGUCGUAAAUAAUACCAAUGUAGCUCAAUAGAUGAUUUUUCACACAAUAUAUAUUGAUUUAAUUACAUUUCCAGUAUUUACAUCCAUUAAUGUAUUUAAAAACUACUCAAUUUAGUACUUUUGCUAACAAUUCCCAAUUGAUUCGAAUAAUGUGUUUAAAGAGCUACAAAUAUUGCUUAAGCACAGGAAUUUAAUAAAUUAUUCCCUCUAUAGUAAUCUUGGAUGAUCAGCAAUAUAAUAUGUUUUAACUUCUCCUAUUUAUUCCCCAGUAACUGAACAACAUUAUUUUCGAAUAACUGUGGAUGCGUUUUCUUAUAUUUACUUUUUUUCUUCUAUAAUUUUUAAUGACUGUAUUCCCAUCACUUCAUUUUGUUUGUAUUUUAUAUUCACCAUAUGUCAAUUAAUUCAGCUAUGCAUUUAUUGAUUCUAUUCAAUUUUAUUAAAUUUUAUAUUUCUAGUAGUCAUAAGGGGUAAAUAAUUUUCCAAAUACUGCAAUCUUAUAAAAGUUGUAAUUAUUGAUCUCAUUAAAAUAUUUUGAGUAUAUUAUGAGUGUGAAAAACUAUCAGAUCUUUAUGUAGUUAAUAUUAUUUAUAUAUGUUAACAAAUAGAAUUUAUCUUAUUCGAUUGCAAUAAUCUUUUCUAUUCUCAUUUACAGCUUGCCUAAUAAUGAUAGAUAUUAUUUAUUUCAUGGUUCUUUCUUAUUCCUAUAUAUUUUGCUUUUCAUCAACUGAAUACUUUUAAGACUAUUCUAAAAAUGACUAAUUCGCAUAACGAUUUUCCAUCAUAUUCGAAUUAACUCAAUGACAUAUUUUUCUCUAGUAUGAAUUUCUUUUGUUGCACAACAGUCAAUAUUAUGGCCAACUUCGCCUCUCAAUAUUUUGAUGUAAUUUGUUACCAUAAUAAUAUUAUAUCAACAGCUCUUCCAGCAAAACGUCAGAUUCUGUUCCAUGUAUCAUUUAUUUGUAUAUAAUAACGAUAUUUAUUUGAACUGCAAUAUAGUUCUUUACACCUAUUGAUAUUUGUCUUGAAAGAAUAUAUUAAUACUCACAUAUUAAAAAUGGUAUUGGUUAGACCAAGAUAUAAAUUUAUUUAUAGAAAACUUCAAACCAGAAAUGGAAUUUGUGUAAAUAGUUCCUAGAUGGAUUUGAUUUAUGUAAUUAUUCUAUAGAAAAUUGUAUUAGUUCAGUUUUGAUAGGUUUGAAGAAUUUUGUAAAAUGAUAUGUUAUAUUGAUGCCAAGAUUUGUAUUCCAUUCACAGAUUGCUAUUGUCAAAUUUGUUCGAACGUGAUUCAAAUUAGUAAUACAAUUUUUAUGGUAUUACUUGGUUUCCUCCUACUCACAGACAGAUUGAACGUUUCAAAUAUUUCUUAAUUCGUUUUUUCACAUUUUUAUCAAUUUUAUAAAAAUAUUACUUUGUCAAUACAGUUUAUACAAUUCAGUUUUCGUUUGAGACUAUAGUGUUUGAAUAUUACAGUACCACAUUUUUAUCUCAAAUACUCUCUUUGAAUCUUUUUUUUUUUUACUUGAAAGAAUGAUUUUGAUAUUGAGCAUUGUAUAUUAUUAACACUUAUUAUAAUGUAAAAUUUCUUGUAAUCAUAUCAAAUCUAACUAAUAUUCAGUAUUUUUUACUUUGAACAGAAAAUUCAUGUGCUGUGAGUCUUUUCAGAAUAAUUUUCUGUGACUGUUCAGUUCUAAAAAUCUUGAGAUAAUUCUGCAACGAACUUUUGUUCAGUAAUAAUUAUUAUUUUAGUACUACUACCAUAACAGCUCUUCUCUUAUUCCUUAUUUUUCUUAUGCUCAUGAAAUAGAAACUUUCAAGCAUCUACAUCCUAAUCUUACUACUAUGAAGUGAGAUUUCUCUAUUCAAUUUCUACUAAAUAUCUGUGAAUGAAUACUAAAUUGUACCGAGGUGUUUACUAAGUUUUCAUCACAAUAUUUCAAGUUGCUGUGAAAUAUAUUGAGGUCUCUUAAAUCUCGGCAUUGGUGUUGAUGGAAUUAAGUUAGGCAUUAGAUGAAUAGAGAAAAUUUGUUGUGAAGUUUUAACCAAUGAUAAUUAUUAUGUGAUGAUGAGUAAUAUAAGUUGAUUGUUGAUUGUGAAUUAUGUAGAAAUUCUCCUUCUAUUAUGAUGGAAUUUGUAAAUUGAUUGUGUUGGAGAGGAAUAUAAUUUAACUAUUUGAAUUGAAUCCCUAAAUUAAUGUGGAAUAUUUAUUGAACUUGAUGUAAUAUGUAGACGUAUUGCCUUACACACUCUUGUGGAUAUCAGUCUCUGACGGUUUUGAUACAUACUCAACGUACUUAGCUUAUCACAUGUAUAAAAAUAAUUUAUAAUUUCACUCUAAUCCAAUCAUUCAGAACUCUUUGGAUUGUCUUCAAAAAUCUUACAAAGUUGCUUUCCCAAACAAAAUCAGAUAAUAUAAAACGUUUUCGAAUUAUAAUAUAUCAUUUUUUACAGAUGGUUAUUCUUGAUGGGAAAAUUUGACAACAGCUUCUUAUCUUAUUUUUUAGCUUCGUGUCAAUUUUUUGAACUUAAUAUACACACAGCCAUAACGCACAUUCUGCUCAUAAAAAUUUAUUUCACAUUUAUUAAUUCUUAUUAAGAAGAUAUCUAUUGAAGUCCCACUGAGUGGAAAUUGCCACUGAAAUUAAUACAUUUAAAGAAUGAUAGGACUUUAUUAUUGGUUUGAUUUGGAGAUUAUUAUUAGGAUGUCGAUAAUAGAGAGAACGCAGGCAAAUGCUGUUGAAAUCGGUAGUGAAUUAUCUUAUAUUAUUUCUUCAAUAUGAAGUAAAUUACAUUGUUUUUUGAUUCAGACUGUUAAUUACAAAUAGUAGCCUACAUAUUAAACUCACAAAACUUGAUCAAAAAUCUCCACUUUUGAUGGCUCAUUUAAAAAUAUAAAGUGGUUCUCUUUUUUAAUAACCAAUUUACUCUUUUUUAUUUUUACUGUGAUUUUGUUUGGGUUGGCACCUGAAACUUUUCCAGGAAAAUAUGUUUAGCCUACUAUUAUCAAGGAAAUGAAUAUCUCAAUCAAUACAUACGAAGGAGUAAUACUAAAUCCUAAGUAUAGAAUUCAGUCAAUUGCGACAAUUGGAAUGCAUUUGAUUUCUCUUGUCAUUAUUACUCAUUUUGAAAAAUAUGAAAGCCGUCUUAUUUCUUUAUACUGAAUGCGCUUUCAGAAUCACAAUUUUUUCAAUUGUAAUCUCAAUAAAAUUACGAACAUCAACCACUA